AUGGGUCGAUCGCCCCAGGAUGUCGAAGAUCAGAUCACCUACCCGCUGACGGUCUCUCUGCUCGGACUGCCGCAGGUCAAGACGAUUCGCAGCUACUCGAUGUUCGGCUUCUCGACCAUCCUGAUCAUCUUCGAGGACGACGUCGAAUUCUACUGGUCGAGAUCGCGGAUCCUGGAGAAGCUCAACAGCCUACCGUCCGGCACGCUGCCCGACGGCGUGCAGCCGGCCCUCGGCCCCGACGCCACCGCGCUCGGUCAGAUCUUCUGGUACACCAUCGAGGGUCUCGACGCCGAGGGCGAGCCAACGGGCGGUUGGGACCUGCACGAGCUGCGCACCGUCCAGGAUUGGUACGUCCGCUACGCCUUGAUGUCGGUCUCUGGGGUUUCCGAAGUCGCUUCGAUCGGCGGCUUCGUCCAGGAGUACCAGAUCGACGUCGAUCCGGAUGCCAUGCGGGCCCACGGGGUCAAGCUGCAGCAGGUCUUCCAGGCGGUGCAGCGCUCGAAUAUCGAUGUCGGCGCGCGCAGCAUCGAGGUGAAUCGGGUGGAGUACGUGAUCCGGGGUCUCGGCUUCAUYGAGAGCCUGGAGGAUAUCGAGCACAGCGUCGUCAAGAUGAAAGACAACGUGCCGAUCUACAUCAAAGACGUCGGCGAGGUCCACCUGGGUCCGGCCGGACGCCGCGGCGCGCUCGACAAGGCCGGCGCCGAAGCCGUCGGCGGCGUGGUGGUGGUGCGCUACGGCGAGAAUCCGCUGGCGACGAUCAAUCGCCUGAAGGAGAAAAUCGCCGAGAUUUCGCCSGGCCUACCGAAGAAGACCCUGGAAGACGGCACGGUGAGCCAGCUGCGCAUCGUUCCCUUCUAUGACCGGUCCGGCCUCAUCUACGAGACCCUCGGCACGCUCAGCGACGCCUUGAUCGACGAAAUCUUCGUCACCAUGAUCGUCAUCCUGCUCAUGGUCAUGCACCUGCGCAGCUCGCUGCUGAUCUCGGCCAUGCUGCCGCUCUCGGUGCUGAUGACGUUCAUCGCGAUGAAGGUCUUCGACGUCGAAGCCAACCUGGUGGCGCUCUCCGGCAUCGCCAUCGCCAUCGGCUCGAUG